AGGAACAUGUUUGGCUCCAGGAAGGGCUGGUGGGAUGCGAGGAGAUGAAUGAGGAAUCCCUGGAUGAUGAGGAGAAGGGACACAGCGUGGAGGAACUGCUCCGUGCAUUGGAGAGACAUCGUGCCGAGUGCGAGCAGACGGGCAGGUACGAAGAGGCCGAAUUGGCACGCCUGCGCCUGGAACAACUGCGGCAACACGAGGAGAAAGGUCGCCGUGAUGCUCUGCUGGAGCAACAGCUUGCCGAGCGAAUGGGAGUCGAAGAAGCUCAUAUGCUCGGGCUGCAGGAGUUCAACAACAUUUGGGAUCAAAAGCAGCAGGAUUUUGAGUCCCGUGCCAACCAACUGCAAACCGUCCUGGCUACCAGACACAAGCAGGAACAUCAGGCACACCUUGAGAAGCUCAGACGAGAAGUGGAACCGAGGACACCUCGUUGGAGCCGAGAUCUGCUCAACUUGCGAAAGAUCCAGGAGACUUUGGCAAAGAUGAGGAAGUACGCCGAAGCCGAGAAGACCAAGGACGCGCCGAGCUCGAGAUGCCGAGCCGCUCGAAAAGUCCGUGAGGCCCAGGCCGACAAGCUCGAGGCCAAGGAGCACAACCAUUGGAAGGAGAAGAGAGAAGCAAGAAUAGCUGUGAUGGAGGAGCAGUUUCUCCACAAGCAGCAGCUUGAAAUGGGGGGCCUGCUCAAGCGGCUGAAGGCAUCCCGGGAAGAGCUCCGGCGCUCCCGGAAGGCGGAGAUGGAGCGCCUGCUGCAGCGUUACCAGAACCUGAAGAUGCAGAUGGAAAAUCAGCAGCGAAUCAUCCAGCAGCGAGUGGAAAGGUAUCCCAUCACAGCGGCACGGCCCUCCAGCGGCUGAGCGAAAGUGUCUCUCGUCUCACCGUCACUCGCUUGCCGGAAAUCAAAGGCACGGCCACCAUGACAGGCCAUCCUGUCAAUUCAGGGGCCCGAAUUCGGAAGCGUUUCACGAAAAA